AUGUACAAAGGAGGGAUGUCAUCCCAUUGGCUUCAUUCAUUGGUAUACCUCAUUGCAAUUACUAGGUGUUUCUCCAACACAAUUGCCACCACUGCCAGGGAAGGGGACAGUCCUGCCAGUGCUGAAACAUCACGUCCCAGGAGGCAUGGGUUGAUUGUUGGCCAUCGGGUCGUCAAGACUUUCAUCUUGGAAAUCCUCCUUGAUCUGCAGUUCAGCAUCUGAUCCAGCCUAUUCGCAUCCGGAUGCCUGGAUUAACGGAAGAGGCCUGCAUAUAGCAAAAAAAAAACUUGUUCGCAC